AUGGACAACUAUAACUCUCACUCUGAGGUUUCCGACUGCGGCGAUCCGACGAGGCCCGAGUCCGGUGGUGGCGCUAGGUACAAGCUGAUGUCGCCGGCCAAGCUUCCGAUCUCGAGGUCGGCUUGCAUCACGAUCCCUCCUGGACUCAGUCCGACCUCGUUUCUUGAGUCUCCAGUUCUUCUCUCUAAUGUUAAGGCAGAGCCUUCCCCCACUACUGGUACGUUUACUAAGCCUCAGACAGUGCUUGGCUCUCUUAGCUCCACUUCAUAUUCAGCUACUAGUGUUUCAUCCACCUCCUGUGGAGAAAGAAAAUCCAACUGCUUUGAAUUUAGACCAUAUACUAGGUCAAACAUGGUUUCUGCAGAUAUGAACAAUCAGAGAAGCACACAAUGUGUUCAAGUCCAAAGCCAGUGCCAAUCACAAUCAUUUGCACCAUCACCUUCAGUAAAAGGUGAGAUGGCAGUCUCCACAAAUGAUAUGAGUCUAUCAGCACCCCUUCACAUGGUUACUUCAGGUGCUAGUGAACAUGCUGAAGUUGAUUUAGAUGAACUAAACCAGAUGGGACUCUCUAGCAGUGGGAUUCGGGCAUCACAGUCUGAUCAUAAAGUAGGAAGUGCACCUUCAAUGUCAUCUGAAGAUGGAUAUAACUGGAGAAAAUAUGGACAGAAACAUGUUAAAGGAAGUGAGUUCCCACGCAGCUAUUACAAAUGUACACAUCCUAACUGUGAAGUGAAAAAGUUAUUUGAGCGCUCCCAUGAUGGACAAAUAACAGAGAUUAUCUAUAAGGGUACGCACGAUCAUCCUAAACCUCAACCCAGCCGCCGAUAUGCCUCUGGUUCUGUUUUGUCCAUGCAGGAAGAAAGAUUUGACAAGUUUUCAUCUCUGCCUAGCCAAGAUGACAAGUCACCUGGUGCACAUGGACAGGUGCCUCAUGCUAUCGAGCCAAAUGGUGCCCCUGAGCUGUCUCCUGGCACAGCAAAUGAUGCUACUGGAGAAGGCGCUGAGGAUGAUGAUGAUCCCUUCUCAAAAAGAAGGAGGUUGGAUGCUGGAGGUUUUGAUGUUACUCCAGUGGUCAAACCUAUCCGAGAACCACGGGUUGUCGUGCAAACUCUGAGUGAGGUUGAUAUACUGGAUGAUGGGUACAGGUGGCGCAAAUAUGGCCAGAAAGUGGUGAGAGGAAAUCCUAAUCCAAGGAGUUACUACAAAUGCACAAAUGCUGGAUGCGCAGUUAGAAAGCAUGUGGAGAGGGCGUCACAUGAUCCAAAAGCAGUUAUAACCACGUAUGAGGGAAAACACAAUCAUGAUGUACCUACGGCUAGGACAAACAGUCAUGACACAGCAGGACCAUCAGCUGUGAAUGGACCCUCAAGGAUUAUACCAGAUGAAAAUGAUACAAUUAGCCUUGAUCUUGGGGUCGGGAUCAAUUCUACAGCUGAUAACCGGUCCAGCAGUCGGCAACAAUCUUUGCAUGCUGAACUUGUCAAAACCGAAAACCAAGCAAGUGGUUCUAGUUUCAGAAUUGUUCAUGCAACACCAGUUGCGGCUUACUAUGGCGUUUUAAAUGGUGGGAUGAAUCAAUAUGGAUCUAGACAAAUUCCAAGUGAAAGCCGUAGCAUUGAAAUUCCACCUCUAAACCUUUCCUCUUAUCCAUAUCCGCAGAACGUGGGAAGAUUAUUAACAGAGCUCAUCUUUGGUGUUAGUAACUUCCUUGCAGAAAAUUCUCCUGUUGCCAUUUCAUCAACUUUGCUAACCACAAAGUUUUGUAUAAAUCUGCAUGAAGCAGUAUUGUAA